CAUGGCGUGGUUCAGCAAGUUGUGUUCCCAGCCUUCGACCAGUACGGUUCACGCCCGGUCCCAGUUUUCCCUGCUUAGAAGAAGUCGAACCGCCGCCCCAAAACCCAAACACCAUGAAGACUCUGAUUGUGCUUGCGCUGAUCGCGAUCGUGGCCGUUGCCGCCGACCAGAACGCCAAGGUACUGCGCUACGAGAACGUCCAGGAAGGUGAUGCAAGCUACAAGUUUGCGUUCGAGUCGGACGAUGGUAUCGCGCGCCAGGAGCAGGGUGAGCUGAAGACUGAGGAGGAAGGCAUGAACGUGCAGGGUAACUUCAAGUUCGUCGCCGACGACGGCAAGGAGUACGUGGUGCAGUACGUUGCCGACAGCCAGGGCUUCCAUCCCGAGGGCGAUCACAUCCCGAAGGAGUACGUCGAGAAUGUGCCGAGCCUGUAAGGAGGUCGGGUUUGUGCUAAGGCGAGAGAGAGAGUUAGAGAUUAGAACGUGAUAACAAAAGCCUAUCAUAUGGAACAAAACAAAUAAAGACCGUUGUACUGUUGUUCUGUUUUUGAGGGCAACGAAAAC